AGAAAACAUUUUCCGGCAAGCAUCGUCAGAUGGUUGUAAUUUUUAAUGAUUGUAGACAUUACAUAAUGAUCGUUAUUUGUUUCUGAAAUAUAUGAGUUUCAGAACUUUGAGGGGAAGGUGUGUGGUAACGGCAACUACGCAUACUGACGUAUAGCAACACUGAGCAUGCGUCCUACAGAGGACGUCAUCCAGAGAGCAGCCUGAGGAGCUCUCUCUCUCAAUCCAGCCAACCUAGAAGAAGGUUCUCCCAAUCGUGUUCGUGAAAUAAAAUGUCCGAUCGUUAUAUACUCUAAAUGUUUUAUGUAAUAUUGGGAGUGAAAUAAAAACCCUCUUCAGACGACUACCUUUAUUAAUAUCUUGAACCCCAAGAUACAACAUUAACCAACAUAUUUGAUUUUAUAAUAGGAAAACGUGGAUGAUUACUCAUUCAUAUUUUUGUGUAAAUUUAUCAGUUGUUAAAAUCAAAUCAUGUAUAAUCAAGGAGGCGGAGGUCAACAUGGUGGUCCCCCUGGCAGCGGUCACUGGGGACCAGGAGGCGGAAACUCACACGGUGGCCCACCUGGCGGUGGUCAAUACGGACCUGACGGAGGUUGGGGCAGCAAUCACAGUGGUCCCCCAGGAGGUUUCAAUGGCCCACCAGGAGGUUUCAAUGGUCCACCAGGAGGAUUUAAUGGUCCACCAGGAGGAUUCAAUGGCCCACCAGGAGGUUUCAAUGGCCCACCAGGAGGUUUUAAUGGCCCACCGGGAGGUCCAGGUGGUUUUGAUGGUCCAGGAUGUCCGGGAGGUUUCGGAGGGCCAGGUGGACAACAUGGAGGACCUCGUUAUUAAUUUUUAAGAUAAAUCUAGGAUAUUAUUUAUACUUUAUAUUUUAAUAGCAAGAUAAAAGAACAUUUAUUUUAAAGCUUUAUUGUAUGAUUUUUUUAUAAUUUGAAUCUUUAAAAAAAAAAUUAAUAAAAAUGAGUAAAGUUAACAAAUAGUUCGUAAUAGAUUAGUUAUUUUUAACCAGUGAUUUUGGCGUUUUAUUUACAUGAUA